UUUUCCUCCAUCUGGGAACGAUUGGUUGAAUGAAGUCACGUUGUUGCCGUAACUCUGUCAGCCUUAUCCUGCACCAUUGUUUCCAAUAGCAGCCGGAAGAACUACAAGCGCAAGUGUGUCGCUGUAUCUGCAGGUUUGCAGUCCUGCCCCCUAUCUGGACGCAGCGUACUCAGGCAAAACCUGAGGUAACUGUAUUGAAAUUAAAAUAAAUAAAACACAUACGAAAAGAAAAAUCUUAGAAAAAGCUGUAAUAAAUCAAUAAAGCGUGAAGAAACCAGAUUUUGAAGAAGUUACAGUGCCACAUUUUGUUGCGGUGAUUUGCUUAAUACUUUAAAUGGAAGCGAGGUGAUUGCCAGCAAUGUGCUCUGACAGCUUAUCGAUUUGUGUGUGCAUUUCCCCUGCAGCUGGGUAAAGUGGAAGCAUCUGAUGUGUACAGAUGUGACUGUCCUUUGUGAUCAGAGAUAUUUACAGUAUUGGGAAUAAUGGCAAGCCAGUAGUGACCAAGAUGUCCAUUACUGGUAAUGAAAGCCAGUUCUUUGGGUGUCUGCUCUAUUACUAAUGAACCUCCGUUAAUUGAAUUUGAUCUGUCCAAGGAAUUGGUGACUUCAUCGUACCCUCUGAAUGCCAGUUCUAGCUUGCAAAGGUGUGCGUGAUAGAGAGCUGAAGCCAUGAGUGGAAUUUUAAAAAGGAAGUUUGAAGAAGUGGAUGGCUCCUCGCCGUGCUCCUCCGUACGUGAAUCUGACGAUGAGGUUUUGAGCAGCGAGAGCGCGGACAGCAGUGACAGCGUUAACCCUUCCACCUCAAGCCAUUUCACACCAUCCUCAAUACUCAAAAGAGAGAAACGUCUGAGAACGAGAAAUGUUCACUUUGAAAACGUGACCGUGUAUUACUUCACGCGACGACAAGGUUUUACCAGCGUCCCCAGCCAAGGAGGGAGCACCCUGGGCAUGUCCAACCGACACAACUGCGUCCGACAGUACACGCUGGGAGAGUUCGCUUUGGAACAGGAAAGAAUUCACCGUGAGAUGCUGAGAGACCACUUAAAACAAGAGAAACUCAACUCAAUAAAGCUAAAGCUGACUAAAAAUGGUACCGUGGAGUCAGAAGAAGCCAAUACACUCACAGUGGAUGAUAUUUCAGACGAUGACAUUGAUGUAGACAACACUGAGGUUGACGAGUAUUUCUUUUUACAACCCCUGACAACCAAAAAAAGGAGGGCUUUACUGAGGGCAUCCGGGGUUAAAAAGAUAGACGUGGAAGAAAAACAUGAGCUUCGUGCAAUCCGUGUGUCAAGAGAGGACUGUGGCUGUGACUGCAGAAUCUUCUGUGAUCCUGAGACCUGUGCUUGCAGCAUGGCUGGAAUUAAAUGUCAGGUGGACCGUAUGACAUUCCCUUGUGGCUGCACAAAGGAAGGCUGCAGCAACACAGCAGGCAGAAUUGAAUUCAACCCCAUCAGGGUACGGACUCACUUCCUGCACACUAUCAUGAAGCUUGAACUGGAGAAGAACAGGGAGCAGCAGCAGGCAUCUACUGUAAAUGGUUACCAUGGUGAAGUGAAUGUUAACAGUAAUCCCCUGGUCCAGGCCCAGCAUAGUCUAGAAUAUUCCCUCACAGAUGCUGUUCCACAGACUGCAUUAAUGCACCUUCAGGCAGCUGAGGAGCUAGAUGAACAAGGAGAAGAGGAGGAGGAGGAGGAGGAAGAGGAGGAGGAGGAGGAGGAUGAAGAAGAUGAAGAUGACGAUGGGAGUAGUUUAUGUAGUGGUAUAACAGAUUCUAGCACUCAAAGCUUGGCAGCUAGCGACUCGGAUAAUGAUGAUGACAAUGUUGAUGAUGAUAAUGAUGAAGAUAAAUCGGAUGAUUUUGGGGAAGGAAUCACCAAACCUGCUGUGUCGCACACAGAAGUGGUACCUCUUUCUUCUGUAUUAUGUUACUCUGAUAGUACGAUGAUUCAUGAAAAUCGCAAUGAAACAAAUUCUUACUACACUAACUCUUCAGCAGAGUAUUAUCAAAUUGAAAAUCCUAAUACUGCUGCAGCAGCAGUUAAUUCUGUGACAAAUCAAGCCAACGAGGCCUACAAUGAAGCUUCGUCCUACUCCGAGAGGGUUACCAAUAACAAAGGGACAAUGUCUUUGGUGCCUUACAAUAUGACAUCCGAGCAGUACCCGGACUAUACUAGUGAGCCCGAAGAAAGCUAUGGCAAUCGUCAGUAUCCAGCUGCAAAUGCAUUACCCUCGGUUAUUGUUUGUUGUUCUGCAGAUCAGGACAAUAGUGUUCAGUGCAAUGGUAUAUAUGGCGAACAGAUACCAGGUCGCUCCCAGAUGGAGUUUCACAACUACCUAAACAAUAAUUCCCAUGAUCGCUAUGUUGCUAACGGUAGUUGUUUUCCAGCUGAGCAGCCGAAGGAGAUUUUAGCAGGACUCUGUGAAGGAGCUGCACUGCCAGAAAACAACAACAAUAUCAAGAAACCUGCAGAGCUGGACAGUGUGCCAGAAGCCACACCAGUUUAGUGCUUAAGGUCACUCUCCCUUGUUUUUUUUGUUUGUUCUUAUUCUUACUCUUACUAUUAUCGAGCCAUUGCCCAAAUAAUUUUUCCAAUUUUUAUUUUUUGGGUCAAAAGUAUUGGCUAAUGCAUCAGAUACAGUAGUUUUUUUUCUCUUUCUGUCUACGUGAAUUAAUUGCACAUGUUGUUGUUGUUGUUGUUGUUGCUGUUGCUGUUGCUGUUGCUGUUGCUGCUGUUAUUUUUUUUUUUUGUUUUGUUUUUCCCCCAGACCUUGCCUGUUUUAAUAUACAGGUUCUAAAUGUGUGACCUUUUUAUAAAAAAAAAAAAAAAAAAAAAAAAAAAAAAACAUUCUACCUGUGAAUAUUGUUGUUUUAAAAUUCAAGUGAAGCAAGGUGAAGCAUUCAAAAUUGUAAGCUUUUCUCGUAGGCCUGUGAUAUCUAAGUAUCUUGUAAUUUCAGAUUAACCUUUUUAAAGGUUUGUUUUCAACAGAUCUUAUCUUGUGGAUAGAACUUUUAUAUGUU